AUGGUUACCGGUGUUGAGGCAACCAGCUUGGCUCUUGCCGUAAUCCCUCUAUUAGUCAACCAGUUGGAUAACUAUGUCCAGGGUCUGCAGACAUUGAGGUCUUUCCGGACUUGGAGAUACAAGAAGGACCUGGAGAGGUAUUCUACCAUGCUCGGUGGCCAGCGUGCAAUUCUCAUCAACACCCUAACGAGUAUAUUGGGAGAUGCGAUAAUUAUUCAAGAGAGCAGCAAGCUUCUGGAUGGCCCCAAUGAUGGAGGACCGAUAGAUCCUCAAUUAGAUAAGACCCUACAACUGAGACUUGGCCACAAUUAUGAUGCAUUUGCUGCCUUGAUGAUUCAGGCACUGGACAUAUUGAAGGAGCUCGCUAGGAGACUAAGAGUGGAAGCAACAAGCUCCUCCGCGAUACCGUGGGAUGAUUCCAACGUGGUGAUGCGCGAGCUCCAGAAAAUCAAACAUGUCUUUUCCAAAACUAUCUACACCGACCUAUUCAACACUUUCAACACAGCCAAUAGUAUGCUGAGAAUACUUGCAGAACAAACCGGGGGAUUUCAAAGGCGCGAUCAAAACAGGUAUUCUCAGAGAUCGCCCAAGCAGUACACAAUGGCACGAACACUUGCAAGCAAAGUCCACAAGGCCCUUAUAGGGAGUGAAUACUGGGGCUGCUUGUGCCAAGAUAAGCACAAUAUUCGAUUUAUGUUAGAUUCAAGUUUCGCUGCCUACAAUAUUCCCGAGAAGCUUAGGUUUCGCAUGAUCCUGGUAACAAAGCUUGAAGAAGGCUUGACCGCGACAUCAUAUCGGUGGCAAGAAAUGGAGAUUGAGCCCUUUGAAAGACCAACAGGAUCCACCUCAACAACAGGCACGGGUCAAAGUAAACGGCGCAAAGUUCAGUUCCUCGUUUCCACUCCAACACAAGGGCUAUGUGCUGAUAUAGAUCAUCUGGCACCUUCGAUACCACUCACAAACAUUUGCUCGGCACUUUCUGGCUUGGUAAUGGUUGACAAGGAACCAAAGCAUCUUGGCUAUCUUGCGGAUGGGCCUUUCCAACAUAAUAUCUUUGUCACAAAGGGAACAGUUGGUAGCCUGCCCUCUCAAACCUUAGAGGACCUUAUACUAUCAUCUUCAUCAUCCCCAUGGAACGCCACUGGGCCUGUGUUCUGUCGUAGAGACCGUCUCUGCCUUGCAGCACGCCUUGCCUGUAGUGUCCUUCUGUUCCAUGGAAGCUGGCUAUAUGAACGCUGGAGCAGCCGUGAUAUAAUGUUUUCUAACAAGACAAUGAGUUUUGAAGCAUCGGUCCACCAGCCCUUUUUGGUGUGUGGUAUCUCAAGCCUUUCAGAUGAUCAAAAAAAGAGAUCCUACAAGAUUCAAUCAUCAGUUAUCCGAAACGAAACACUCUUUCCCUUGGGACUGGUUCUUAUUGAGCUAUCGCUGUGCCGUUCUAUCGUCGACUUGCGUAUACCUGAAGAUGAGAAUAGUGAUGAGGAAGUAACUCUUUUGAAAACUGCCAAUCGUUGUUUGGACUAUGUCUAUACAGAAAGUGGCACGAGGUAUGGUGAUGUGGUGCAGCAAUGCUUCUCCUGGCCGCAUACACGCAAGAUGGAUAUUGACAACGAAGAAUUUCAAGCCGCAGUCUUUCACUACAUUAUUUCACCUUUGUUGGAUGAUGUGGAGGACUUUGGCGGGAAAAUAGGAGAAACUAUGACCUAG